UUCCUCACAUAUAAAGCACUGUACUCGGUGCAGCGAAGGACAAGAUGCCAACCCCAAGCCAACUCAACCCCAAACACUGCGAGGAAUUCGUCAAAACCCUCCACACAACCCCCUACGCCUCCAUCGACCCCAGCCUAACCAAACUCCCCACCCCCUUCGUUGUCUGCAUAAUCGGCGGCCACGGCGCAGCAGGAGACGGACUCGCGCGCGCCUACGCCAAAGCAGGCGCAUCAGGAAUCCUCCUCGCCUCGCGCAACCGCACGAAGCUCGAAGCAACAGCCCACCAGGCCCGCAAUAUCAGCUUACCCCCUCCCAAGGUCGUAACGGCAACAUGCGACAUUACUUCCGCAGCGAGCGUACAAGCCCUCGUGCACACAACCAUGUCCGAAUUCGGGCGUUUGGAUGUUCUCAUCGUGAACGCAGGCUACUCAGAACCGAUGAUAAGAGACGUCGUGCAGGAGUCACCGAUUGAUUUCAAAAGCGCCUUUGACGUACAUGUUUUGGGGACGUUCCACGCAGCGCAUUACUUCCUCCCGUUGCUCUUAUCGACACGGUCAUUAUUCGCGAGUUUUAUUUCCAUUAGCUCCAUGGGCGCGCCAACUGUUACUGGGAUAGUUUCGCAUGCGCAUUACUGCGUUAGUAAGGCGGCGCAGAUGCGGCUGAUGGAGGUGAUACGGGAGCAGUAUGGGGCUUAUGGGAUUUUUUGUGUCUCUGUGCAUCCGGGGGGGUUGGUGGGUGAGAUGGCUAUGAUGUAUUCUUCUAGUGAGGUUUUCAGCUUGCUGACAGAUAGCCCCGACCUGGUCGGUGCGUUUUGCGUCUGGCUAACCCGUCCCGACUCUGGUAGACGGCGAGAAGUGCUUAAUGGGCGCUUUCUCUCGUGUAAAUGGGAUGUGAAGGAGUUGGAGGGGAAGUUUGGGGAGAUUUUGUCGAAGGACUUGUUGAGGUUUCGGAUUGCUGUUGGUUGAUUUUUUGAUUUCCUGUUUGCUCUGCUGAUGUGCUUUGUUUAUACCCAGUUGGUCGUAUGGAUUUCUUUUCUUUUCUUUUCGUUUCGUUUUGUUUCGAUGACAGUCUAUGAUAUGAUGAUGUGGGUGAGCAUUCAACCUGAGCAAUUCUAUUUUGUCACAAGCAAACAUAAUAACUACCUAACCGGUCAAUCGGAUUUAUCGAAGAGGAUUAGCAGGUGUAAGCGUACUCGGGAUGAUGUCUCCGAUGUUAGUGCGUUGAAGCCCUGCAUACAGCGUUUAUCCUGCAGAGGAGCUACUCGGUCAAAG